CUAGACGGCCAACACUUCUCAACUUAUAGGCUACUUGGACUAUAAACCCGUUUUACUCUUAUCUAUACAGAUUACCACGUAAUGGACUGUCCUAAAAAGCAAGAAUAGGCUAUAUGUUACGAAGGAAACUCAUCACCGUUGUCUUGGAAUGAGCGUCUUUCGUCAUUCAUUUUCAUUCGUUCGUUUUUUGUUAUUUGGAGUUCAACGUAAAGGCCGGUACAGGAUAGAUAUUUUUAGUCCCUUUAAUUCCCUCAACAAACACUGCAGGUGUUGGUAAGGAUGGCCUUGCAAUCGGCCCUCUUACCAAUAUUGGUCUUGGGACUGAUGACUACUUUAGUGCGUUGUGCCCCUUUUCCUGGCAGGCUAAACCGCACAGUGGAACGACGCUGGGAGACACUGUACUCGCGAUCCUUGGCUCGGAUCCCUGGGGACAGAAGAGAGAUCAACCGGGAUAGCGACUAUCUUAUGGGCAUUAAACGUCUACGACGCCUUUAUUGCAAUGUAGGAAUUGGUUUUCAUAUUCAAAUUUUACCCGAUGGGAGAAUAACAGGAGUGCACAACGAAAACCGUUACAGUCUCCUUGAGAUAUCUCCAGUAGAGAGAGGAGUUGUUACAAUCUACGGCGUCCGGAGUGGUUUAUUCGUGGCCAUGAACAGCAAAGGGAAGCUGUACGGAUCGGUUCACUUCAACGACGAGUGCAAAUUCAAAGAAAAUCUCCUGGCAAAUAACUACAAUGCUUACGAAUCAAUGGCAUACCCAAGGAUGUACAUUGGACUAAGCAAGACCGGUCGAACAAAAAGAGGAAACCGAGUAUCACCAGCCAUGACAGUGACCCAUUUCUUGCCAAGAAUCUGAGUGACUCAGAAAUAGACUGAACCUCACUAAGGUGGGGUGAGGGGAGACUCGAAACGAUGCACUUUCAACUGGAGUUUUAUGCAAGAUGAAGUCAUCCUGUCCAUUUUAUGUAUACAUUUGUAUUAUAUCUGUUUAUUUAUAAAUGUAAAUCAAUUUUCUAUUUCGGGGAAUGAGGUCCUCACUUCAGGGGGAAUUUCAGAGAUCAACACAUUUAUUUAUGUUUUUAUUUUAUUUAUCAGAAGUCUGCUGCUAUGAGGUGUAUGGGUGAAGUGAGAUUACUUUACUGAAUUAUGGUUUUCUUUGUUCUUUUAAUACAUAACAUAUUACACUGUGACAGAGCAUAUGAGAUACUUCUAAAUCAGUUCCAUUUCCUUAUGGAUGGAAAAUAACUUGUCUUAGAUCGAAGUUCUAACAAGUGAAACUAUAUGCAGUCAUUGGUAUUAGAAGCAGGAGCAAUUGUCCAAUGGCUGGCCUCUGUUGUAUGGAGUCUAAUUGAAACAGUAUCAGCUUACUACUGGUUACAGAAAGAGCCGCGUUGAAGUCCUACACUCUCAAAUCUGUUUUUAGCUCUGCCAGGGGGUUGAACUUUGAACUUUUCUGCAGUCAAUCUUUGUCAGAUCUAUAAGACUCGGAUAGAGAGAGGCAUCUUCUUGACAUUAUAUAAGCAGAGAAUUUAAGAGUUUAAAGCCAAGGUCAAUGCUGACGUGCAAGGCAGAAACCAUAACCUAGGCUCUAUAACAUAUAGCUUUUACUAUGGGACAUAAACUCAAAGUCCUCUUCAGUAUGGAAAUUAUAUGCAUUUUAAAAUGAUCAAUUAAAGUAAUCGCAAGUUCAGCAUCACAGCUUCUCCCUGGAUUUAAAAUGAGAAGACACCAUCAAGUUAAGUUUCCCACAAGUGUGUUUACACCAAAAAGCUAGAAACAGUUAUUUUUGGGGGAGGAAUGUGUGACCAUCAAUUUCCCCACUUUCCCUGUUCUCCAUCUUCUACCUCACAUAAUCCAGAAAAGCCCUAAUCUUUUCAAUAGUUCACUCUGAACUAAUUCUCUUAAAACCGUUGAAGACUAGCCUCUCUCUCAUUGCUCAUUUCUUUUCCUCUGUCUCUUUGGAGCACCAGGCAGCCAUUUCGUCCUAGUUGCGCCUUGUCACAUUUGAGCUAUCUUUACCAUGUGAUUUACUUUUAGAAAGGAUAAUCAUGGUAGAAAUAUUUACAGACAGCUGUUAGACUGCACUAUAUGCUCAGCCAGUAACCCUAUAUUUUUCUUUAUAUAUUUUGUAAAUAUAACCCGUUAACUGGCGAAGCUUCAGUCUGUUAUUCCUCCUUUGCGAGCUUUCAUUCACAGUCUUUCUUUCUAUUUCAAUAGUCAUAGAAUGUACACUAGUGUUGACUGUAAACUAUUAUAAUAGUCAUGACUGUACACUAGUGAUGACUGCACACUAUUACAAUAGUCAUAGACUGUACACUAGUGUUGACUGUAAACUAUUAUAAUAGUCAUGACUGUACACUAGUGAUGACUGCACACUAUUACAAUAGUCAUAGACUGUACACUAGUGUUGACUGCACACUAUAACAAUAGUCAGACUGUACACUAGUGUUGACUGCACACUAUUACAAUAGUCAGACUGUACACUAGUGUUGACUGCACACUGUUACAAUAGUCUUAGACUGUACACUAGUGUUGACUGCACACUUACAAUAGUCUUAGACUGUACACUAGUGUUGACUGCACACUAUUACAAUAGUCAGACUGUACACUAGUGUUGACUGCGCACUGUUACAAUAGUCAGACUGUACACUAGUGUUGACUGCGCACUGUUACAAUAGUCAGACUGUACACUAGUGUUGACUGCGCACUGUUACAAUAGUCAGACUGUACACUAGUGUUGACUGCGCACUGUUACAAUAGUCAGACUGUACACUAGUGUUGACUGCACACUAUUACAAUAGUCAGACUGUACACUAGUGUUGACUGCGCACUGUUACAAUAGUCAGACUGUACACUAGUGUUGACUGCGCACUGUUACAAUAGUCAGACUGUACACUAGUGUUGACUGCGCACUGUUACAAUAGUCAGACUGUACACUAGUGUUGACUGCGCACUGUUACAAUAGUCAGACUGUACACUAGUGUUGACUGCGCACUGUUACAAUAGUCAGACUGUACACUAGUGUUGACUGCGCACUGUUACAAUAGUCAGACUGUACACUAGUGUUGACUGUACACUGUUACAAUAGUCUUAGACUGUACACUAGUGUUGACUGUACACUGUUACAAUAGUCAGACUGUACACUAGUGUUGACUGUACACUGUUACAAUAGUCUUAGACUGUACACUAGUGUUGACUGCACACUGUUACAAUAGUCAGACUGUACACUAGUGUUGACUGCGCACUGUUACAAUAGUCAGACUGUACACUAGUGUUGACUGCACACUAUUACAAUAGUCAGACUGUACACUAGUGUUGACUGCACACUAUUACAAUAGUCAGACUGUACACUAGUGUUGACUGCACACUGUUACAAUAGUCUUAGACUGUACACUAGUGUUGACUGCACACUAUUACAAUAGUCAGACUGUACACUAGUGUUGACUGCACACUGUUACAAUAGUCAGACUGUACACUAGUGUUGACUGUACACUCCUCUGAGACGGUACCAUCUCAGGUUCAACAUUCCACAUACCAUGUCAAUGUUCAAUAUACACGAGUGGUUUUAGGCAACUGUUGAAGCAGAAGAAAUUGCAGGCCAUAUCCUGUGUGAAAUUGCAUGCGAAGUAACUUUGAAAUAUCAGGUGACUUCGCUAAAUGCAACUACAGGAAGACACAUUAGCAGUUGGUAGUAAAAAACACAUCAGAAUGGCUGACCUAAUACCUCAGGAGGAUGUUUGUCAACUCUUUGUGAUGAUGGUGAAACACCUGCUGCACAAUAUUCCUCCCAUAGAACCGAUCCCAUCCUGGAGGCUCUCCUGCCUUUCUAAAGACUAGUACACAUGGCAGCCAAAAUGAGUCAAGGCUAUGAUGCUUUUGCAUACCAGCCAGCACCUGAGACUGAAAGGACCGAAAACAGUCCUCUGUCCUCUCUCCCCUGUGACCCGGGAGGGGAAGGUGUGUGAUUUGUUACUUUAACGGUGGAUUUCCAUCCAUAUUGCCUCUCCUCACCACCUCCCCUCAAUCACCUUCAGAAGGCGGUUUCGGAUGGAGGACUGAAGAGUUGGCAAAACCAAGUGAGAAAAGGCCAGAGAGCUUUUUGCAAUAUUCUUUAGUUACUUGAGACAUCAGGCUUCACUACAAAUCUCAUAAUUAUUUUCUUUGCCACAGCUGUGCCAAACGUACCCCAGUAUACUGUUUUGCAUGGCUGACCAUAAUGUUUACAAAAGACUGAACUGCCACUGGCAAAUAUUAUGUGACCUCUCCAUCAACCCUGUUUCAACCAUGGCAGUCACCUCAUUUGACUAAACAGCAAGUAUAUAAGCAACACAACACAAUGUUCUGAAAUAUGCACCUUAUAGACAACACUGUACAUUCAGUUUUUCCCUGAGUUCAUUUGUUGAGAUGAUACAGAAACAUGACCUUAAGAUGUAUAAAUGAGCAUGCUCAAGAGUUAAAUGUUUAAUGUUCCUUGUCCAUUAUCUUCUAUGGGCGCUUAUUUCUUACACUGCUGUGCUGCUCCUGCAUCCAUGGAUUUUUUGCUCUCAAUUAAGAAGUGAUACUUUCAGAGUCAGGUGGUCUUGUUUCCAUUGCCUUUAAACAAAUAUUUAUCAGAUAUUUUCUGUAGUUUUAUACAGUUCCUGUUAAAUAUCUAGAUUUAUGUGCUGUGCACAUGACUAAUGCCUAACUUACAUGUGAAGUUAAUAAAUCUCAGACUGUUCUAA